UGAGAAUAAAAAUUUUUUCCGUGUUUUUCUUGUUAUUUAUUAUAUACACGUAAAUGCUUUCAUGGAUUCUGAAUAAAAAUUAAAAUGAUAGAUUAAAAAUUAAAAAAAGUAUGUGCUAACCUUCAUCAAGUAAACAACAGACAUCCAUUUGUAAAUUAUUUCUGUACGCGUAUAUAUGUAAAUUUUUCCACCUCGACACCCUAAUAAUAAUACUUGAAUCACUUAUGAACCCCUGACCUUUCUAAGCUAGUGUUUUCGAACUGGUAAGGCAAAGUGUGCGUGGGUGUAUGCCAUGAAUCGUGCCGCCAUUUCAGUAGCGUCCGGCGUGACUAGUGGCUCGGGUAACACGCUGGAUGCUCCCUACAUACGUACAAUUGAGUGGGAUAUGAUGGAUAAAGCAAAAUUCUUUCCUCUCUCAAUGUUAAGCUCAUUUUCCGUACGCUGUUGUCUAUUUCCAUUGACCGUAAUAAAAACUCAAUUACAAGUGCAGUACAAAAGUGAUGUUUACAAAGGCAUGUUUGAUUGUGCGUAUAAAAUUUACCGUUCCGAAGGCAUUCCGGGCUUAUACCGUGGUUUCUGGAUAUCAUCGGUGCAAAUUGUCUCGGGAGUAUUUUACAUUAGCACCUAUGAAGGUGUGAGGCAUAUAUUAAGUGAUAUAGGUGCAGGGCACCGCGUUAAAGCUUUGAUAGCGGGAGGCUGUGCUAGUUUGGUGGGUCAAACUAUAAUAGUUCCUUUUGAUGUGAUUUCACAACAUGCUAUGGUAUUGGGAAUGGCCGUACAUGCCGGCACAAAAAGCGAUCUCAAUCCAUUAGGCAUAAAAACAGGACCCGGUCGAAGUCGACUUAACAUUUCCAUAGACAUAGCAAAAGAGAUAAUGCAACGCGAUGGAUUUCGGGGUUUUUACAGAGGAUACACCGCCAGUUUGAUGGCCUACGUACCAAAUUCUGCCAUGUGGUGGGCUUUCUAUCACUUAUAUCAAGAUGAACUUUGUCGUAUAUGCCCACCUUGGGUAUCACACCUGCUCAUACAAUGUGUUGCCGGCAGUUUAGGUGGCUUCACUACAACUAUUCUUACAAAUCCUUUGGAUAUUGUAAGAGCCCGAUUACAGGUACAACGUCUCGAAAGUAUGCGUGUAGCUUUCCAAGAACUUUGGCGUGAGGAGAAAUUGAAUUGUUUCUUUAAAGGCUUAUCAGCACGUUUAGUGCAAUCGGCAGCCUUCUCAUUUAGCAUAAUUUUAGGUUACGAAACUAUUAAGCGUAUAUCUGUGGAUGAACGUUAUAAACACCAAAUCCGUUGGUAAAUAUUUACAAUAAUUUUUACCCCACCGUCGGCCAUUUAAUUAACUAUUUAUAAAGCCCUGAUUUUGCACAAAUCCUUAGUAAAAUAAAUCGGCGAAAUUAUUAACAAAUAUAUGCAUUUACAAACAAAACAAAACGUUACAAUAACAGAAAUAAUACCACUGUAGAGAGAUGAUACAGUGAUAGACGUGAAUUAUUUCUAAAAUAAUUUUAAGAUCUCGAAAGAGCAAAAGCAAAGAAAAGAAUUGCAACAGCGUUUAUAUCUAAAAAAAGCUUAUUUAAACGAAAAAAAAAAAAUGGAAAGUCAUAUUCAUCCUAAGGUCCACUUAUCUUUUUUGACUCAAUGCAGUAAUUUCAUACAUUUUAUAAAACUAAUAAAGCACAAUAUAAUAAAUAUUAUAUAUGUAAAUAUAUAUUAUAUGUAUUAUAUUAUAAACUAUGAAUAUGUCAACACAAAUUUUCAUAUCCAUUAUUGAGAAGAUGGCGGCAUAUUAAUUUUAACAUUUCGUUCGUAGCAUCCAAAAGCAGACAUCAAUAGGCCAAUGUAAUGAACACCACCACAUUAGCGUAACCGCAUGGCCGACGGACGGGCUAAGUAGACUAGUGUGUCUUAUUCGUUUAACAAGAUAGAUAUGUAUUAACGAGAAAUACACGUGCGCAAAGUGAAAUAUUCCCAAUAUUAAAACCAAAUCAGAUGCAAUCGAAAUCAAUUGAAAAUUUAAAAGUAUUUGAUCAGAAAAAUUCAAACAUUAGAAAAAAAACGUUUUUUUUUUUCUUCUUGUCUCAUGGACUUUAUGCAACACAGAUGAAAUCUUAGCAUCCAUUUGCUUCGCAAUAAAUCUUACCUAAUAAUUGUCAUUAGCAUCUGAAAAAAAUGUACAAACAAGUCUCGAAAACCAUACCAAAAAAUCUCGCUACACGCUACACGUAAAUGAAUAGAAAUUUGACUUUCUGGAAAUGUUGGCGUCGCAAGUCAAAAUUGUCAUUGUUGCUCCCGUUUUCAUGAGAUGAUGAAAUUGAUCUUCGAUGAUGUCUAUUUUUCGGAUGUUAUCUAUGAUUUAGUUUGAUUAGUAUUUCCUUCAUACUCUCAUGGUGGCCACAUAGUAAUAUGUAGAGGGUUAAAUCUAGACUAAAAAGCAAAAGUCUAAGAAAUACUAUAUUUUAAUAAGAAUUUGAAAGUUUAUAACUGAAUUUGUCAAUAUACAACAACAAAAAAGAAAGAAAAAUGAAAAAAAAAAAAACUAAUAACUAAAAAUUUUAAUUUCUUAUUGCUUUAUCUACAGCUCCACUAAUCAUGUUUUAUUUUUAUAAUUUACAC